AUGGCGCGUCGGAGGAGCAGCGGUAUCACGAGCCUGGGGUUUAACCAGGAUCAAGGCUGCUUCACUUGCUGCCUAACAUCUGGCCUGCGCGUUUACAAUGUGGACCCCCUCGUUGAGAAAGCGCACUACAGCAAAGAAGAACUCGGUGAGGUGUCGCUCUGCGAGAUGGUCUUCCGCACUAACUGGCUGCUCGUGGUGCGCGCGCGAAAACCCUGUAGCCUCAUGCUACUAGACGACCAACGGCGCGCUUUCAGAGCGGAAGUGUUGUUCAAGUCACCCAUAAGAGCGCUGAGAGCAAGGAAGGACAAAGUAGCGGUAGUUUUGCUGUCGAGCAUCCAAGUACUGUCCCUGCCUUCAUUGCAACGUGUAGCUUUACUACGGACUCCGGCGUCAUCGAGACCACUCUGCGCGCUAGCAACCGACCCUAACGCUGUACAAAUUCUCGCUGCGCCGGCGCACCGCAAAGGCUCAUUGCAGCUACUCGACGUUUCCCGGGCGGUAAAAGGCGCUCAGUCGAGCUCACCUGCGGUAGUCAGUUGCCAUCAGAGCGAGUUGGUGUGCCUCAGCCUAUCGUCUAAUGGCGUGAAACUAGCCACAGCGUCGGAAAGGGGAACUAUCAUCCGCCUAUGGGACACAAACUCCAAACAAAUGCUGCACGAACUAAGACGUGGUUCAGAUUAUGCAGACGUUUACUGCAUAAGCUUCAACCCGGGCGCGUCGCUGGUGUGCUGCGUGUCGGACAAGGGCACGCUGCACGUGUGGGCGGCGCGCGGCGCGUGCCGGCGCGUGUGCUCGGCCGCCGCGCCGCCGCACCGCGCGCUCUGCGCCUUCAGCGACGACCGCACCGCCGUCGUUAUAUGCGAAGACGGAACUUUCCAUAAGUUCACAUUUUCGGCCGAGGGUAACUGCCAUCGAAGUGAUUUUGAAUAUUUUCUGCAGGUUGGUGACGACGACGAAUUCUUGCAUUGA